UUCUCCAGGCAGAAAAAGCAGCUCAAACCACCGUGUGUUCCCUAAACUAAACAGACCCGGUGCAGCCUGGGAUCCCCAGCACAAUGUCCAAACUGGUGGAGUGUGUUCCCAACUUUUCCGAGGGGAAUAACAAAGAGGUGAUAGAUGCCAUUAGUGGGGCCAUCUCUCAGACACAGGGCUGUGUCCUGCUGGAUGUGGAUGCUGGCCCCUCUACCAACCGAACAGUCUAUACAUUUGUGGGGACUCCAGAAGAUGUCGUCAAGGGUGCUCUGCGGGCAGCCAGAGUGGCUUUUCAGCUCAUUGACAUGAGCAGACACAAAGGUGAACAUCCUCGGAUGGGUGCCCUGGAUGUCUGCCCUUUUGUGCCAGUGAUGAAUGUCACCAUGGAAGAAUGUAUUCACUGUGCCAAUCUGUUUGGGAAGCAACUGUCUGCAGAGCUUGGGGUACCUGUGUACCUGUAUGGAGAAGCAGCACGGAAGGAGAGCAGGAAGUCUCUGCCUGCAGUCCGAGCUGGGGAAUAUGAAGCGCUCCCUGAAAAGCUGAAGAAGGCUGAGUGGGCUCCUGAUUUUGGCUCUCUGACCUUUGUGCCAAAAUGGGGGGCCACAGUAACGGGGGCCCGUAAGUUCCUCAUUGCAUACAACAUCAACCUGCUAUGUACGAAGGAGCUGGCCCAUCGUAUUGCUCUCAACAUCCGGGAGCAAGGCCGUGCACAGCACCAGCCUGGGCGCUUGAAGAAGGUCCAAGGCUUGGGCUGGUAUUUGGAUGAGGAGAAUAUUGCCCAGGUCUCAACAAACCUGCUUGAUUUUGAGACCACGGCCCUCCACACUGUCUAUGAGGAAGUCUGCAAAGAUGCCCAGGAGCUGAACCUGCCAGUGGUGGGCUCCCAGCUUGUGGGUCUCAUCCCUAAGAAGGCCAUGCUCGCUGCGGCAGAGUUCUACAUUAAAAAGGAGAACCUCUUCAUUGUGGAGGAGGAGCAAAAAAUCCGACUGGUGGUCAGCAGGCUGGGCCUGGACUCCUUGUCUCCAUUUAACGCCAGAGAGCGCAUUAUUGAGUACAUGGUGCAGGAUGGCAAGGAGGAUGGGAACCUGGUGUCCAAGUCUCUUCACAGCUUUGUGCGUGCAGUCGGUGCGAGGUCAGCAGCUCCAGGAGGAGGAUCAGUGUCUGCAGCAAUGUCUGCUAUGGGGGCAGCCCUGGGCUGCAUGGUGGGCCUGAUGACAUACGGGAAACGCCAGUUUGAGGAGCUGGACUCAGUCAUGAGGAAUCUGAUCCCUCCUUUCCACCAGGCCAUGAAUGAGCUGAUCGCAAUGGUAGACACAGACUCCCAGGCUUUCACCAGUUACAUAGAUGCGAUGAAGCUGCCUAAGAACACCCCUGAAGAAAGAGAAAAGCGUGAAGCUGCUAUGCAGCAGGGGCUGAAGAAGGCUGUAGGUGUCCCUUUUGCAAUGAUAGAGAAGGUGAAUUCCUUGUGGCCCACUUUAAAGGAGAUGGCUCGGCAUGGGAAUCUUGCAUGUAAAUCAGAUAUUCAGGUGGCAGCUAAAGCUUUAGAAGCUGGAGUGUUUGGUGCCUAUUUCAACGUAAUGAUCAAUCUCAAAGAUAUAACAGAUGAGGAGUUUAAGAAAAUGAUGUAUGGAAAAGUUUCCAGUUUCUUGGAAGAGGCCAAGAGUAGUGCUGCAUUUGUGCUGAGACUGCUCGAGAGCCGGGGAGCAUGAAGGAGAAUACUCACUAUGGGAGAUGCCAGACUUGAAUCCUGGCUUCGGUGGGCUAAAUUUCAGAGAAUACAAAUGUGAAAUGGUCACAUUUCCUGUGUUGUCUUGUGUUCCAACAGAUGUCAUCUCUGGUGAGACAGACUCCACAAUGAGACUCUUCCUGAUGCAACCAACCCCUAGGGUUAUGGGCUGUCUUACCUUUACCCUGCACACAUUAACCUGUGGCAGGUGCACAAAACUCCUGGGUCAGUGCUUGCGGCAUCAAAAUCCAUCAUCUCCUACAAGAGCAGAUGUAUCAGCCAUAGAGAAGAGGGGCUUGGCUGCCUGGGAGGUUGAUGGAGAGCUCAAAUCACCCUGAGGUGCCUAAUGGGGCACAUUUUGCCUGCCUAUUGCCUGGCUUGCCAGUUUUUGGUACUGUCUGUGUCUUGGGAGCUGCGCUGUCUUGGCUGUUCCAGCUCUACCUUCAGGGGGAAUUGCUGCCACUUUUUAGAAAGCACAGAGUAACUUUUUAUGUGUUCUUCUUAGACUCCCAAAGUGGGAAGUCAUAGUUUCCAAGAGCAGUUGGCAUUAUGUAAUGGAGACACCGCUUUCCCCUCCUGCCUGUUAGGGUCUAUCAUGCCCUUUAUUUCCAGCAGGCAAUUUAGAGGGUAAGAGAAUUGCAGCAAUGGGAAUGACUGGACUCUGGGAGAACAAUCUUAUUUCUUUAAACCAUACAUGUCUGGCUUCUGGUGAGGAUACAUGAUUUCAUGCACAAUUACAGAGACACACAGGUUCCUCCAGUGCCCUAGCAGAAGCUUUGGGGCUGGAAGUAGGUGUCUUGACAUGCAGGUUUGGAUGUUUCAGUACACUCAGUGCAAGUGAUGCCACCAUGAAUAAGAUCUUCUGGCAAUCAAGUCUCUAUUGGAGAUUUUUCGGUUGGGGAAGCCCCAGCAGGAAAACUUCAGUGGAGCACUGCUGCCAUGAAGCAAGAAACUACUGGGGCCAAUCCUUCCAAAGAUGGCCUAAGCUCCCUCUUUAUUCCAUGAAGGUCCUAGAAACCACUAGGCAGGCUCUGCAGCCUGUUUCAUGGGUGGAAAACCCCUGCCCAAGGGCUAGAGUUUGGAAGGAAAACAUUGUGUACUCUCCCCAUCUGUCAAGAAAACCUUCUGGAGGGAGUAAUUCUGCCCAGUCAUUCUUUUCUAGGCAGCCCAAGGUGCAAACUCUCGUGGAGGACAAACACAUUCAGCACCCCACUAUUUCUGAGAGAGGUUUCAGGGACACACCACUAAGAGUGAAAAUCCUCCUCCUCUCCCAAAGCUGUCCUAUCAAAUAUCAGGCAUCUUCCCUUGAAUGUUUCCUCUGAUAAAAUUUCAGCCAGAAAGGGAUUUUUUGAGGAAGGAAUAGAUGGGGAGGAUUAUCAGGCUGUAUGUUCAUUGCCUUAGCUAUUAUGAUUCAUGGGCUUUAUAAGCAAUAGGAUGAUAACAAUGGUGAUAGUAACCUUCUGAAGACGCGCACAGUUUUAUGGAAAGUUGUCCUCCCCAGCUGGCCCCUGUGAACUCCUGCAGGUCAGGCAGGAGUGAUUUUGCAUGUCAGUGUCUUGGGAUGGUCUUGGAGCCAAUGCUGAGCCAUCAUCUGACCGGUAGGGUGUUUGAAAGUCCUGCAUGUGAAAGACAAAUCAGUUUAAAUCACCACCUCCUCCCCCCACAAUCAGAUAACAGAUUGUUUUGUGAUAUGGGUUAGCAUAAUAAUUCACUCUUAGUAACAAAAGGGUGGGUUCUGCUGUAGGGACAUUAGGUGUCAGGGUGUUAGCAAAUAAUAGACCUAAGGGCCUUGUCUGACCUUAUUCUAUAAGCCGAACAAAUGUUAAUCAGCUUAGUGCCAUUUGGCUUAGUGGAGCGGUUACACAGUAAAGCAAAAAACCUGAUCUGACUGCCCCUCACUUGCCCAGAUAUGACUUGCAGCUAGAGGCUUGGUGAGCAGGGGCAGGAGUGGGAGCUAGGAUCAGGACCGGGUGCAGUUCAGCAGCCAGCUCCCCCCACCCCCUGGCUCAGACUGGCUCAGUCUGCUCCUAACGGAGCAGAACUGGUGUGGGUGGUACCAUGGCCACCAGGCGCUCCAGUGACCAUGGUGUGUGCUCUGCCAGAUGUCCCCAGGAGAUGAGAUACUGUGCCCAGCCCCACUGUGCCCCAGUGUUCCUCCUCACCCUCUGCCUCCUGGAUGCUGGAGGGCUUCAACUUGAGUGGAAAAGCUAUGGAGAGUGGCCACAAAUUAAUGGAACAGGAGCAACAUUAGGUGAAGUAGAGAUAAUCCUGCCUUGGAGCAGCAUAACGUUAAACCAACAGUGAGUACUUUAAGGUGUUAGUGUGCAGCCAGUCUAGGAGCUCAGAGCUCCAGAAGCCACCUAAAAUUACUGUGUAACAAGACCCUUAGCAUGUAUUACCCAGCUGUUAUUUGGCUAGAAGCCAAUCAGAUGGAUAGGACAGAGCACAUCGGCUCCUAUAUGAGCUACCAAUGCAUUUCCAGUGGUGCCUCUCCCAGACUGAAUAUCAGAGGGACAGUAUAUUACCCUACAUCCAGCACAAGUUCAAGUGAGUUUUAUAAAAGCUGUGGUGACACAAGAAACAUCUCUGGUUGGCUUCACGGCUCAGUUGGAUUACCUUGCACUCAUUCCAGGAGAUGCACUUAGCUGAAAUGCUCUUAAAGCAUUGUUUUCCCCUUGUAAUAAUUUUCCUGGCACUGACACACAAAUGGAUUUAUGAGCCAUGCAACACAUGGGAUUGAUCUACCAUCACUGACUCUUUGCCUGUGCUCUGCCAUGAAGCCAAUUCUCCCAGGGCAGUAGUUGUAUUCCACACCCCUGAGUAGCUGUAAUCCCGUCUGCCUCUCUCAAAUGUGUAAAGAAACCAUGUGCUUUCCUCACUAAAGCUACACAUUUCCUUCUAAAAUAACACAAUGUACAAUUGGCAACACUACACACCCCUGUCCAAGCAUCCGACUCCUCCUACACCUCCCCUUCUCCUGUCUCUUCCAACCCCAGCACGUGGGCCCAUCCCCAGGUGUUACCAACAUGCUGGGGCUCUAGCAGUGUGGUGUCUCUGGCCCUGUGGCAGGGGUUCUCACAGCUGACAGGUGCAGUGGAGCAGCUAGCUCCCCAAACAACAUUCUCCUUAAUUAAUUCUAGUCCCAAAUCCCCCCUGUGCUUUCCUGUUUCAGCUCCCAGCUACUGCUAGUUCUAGUCUGCAGGGAAGGAGAGGGUCCUGGCAAGGAGAGGACAGUGGGUGGCCUCCUUCUUGCUAAACCCAACUACCCCACCAUGGAGGGAAGCAUAUGUAGGAGGAGGGGAGGCACCAAGUGCCCUAUUCUGGGCACUAAAAUGCUCUAGACCCUCCUUUUCCAGGCCAGAGUUGGUGCUUUGAUACAAAGGACGUGUCUACACAAAGCGGGAGCUGGCCUGAAGGAUGUGGGGGUCAGGGCUUUGUUCUGCCAAAGCUGAGUUGAGGCUAGGAAUGAGGGGAGAACGUGGGUGCUAUCCCAUUUUUGUGCUGCUGUUCUUGGCCUGGCCUCAGAUAGAAACUAGAACAGCCUCUUGGGGCCAUUGUAGAAGCAAAGAAUAGAAGGUGUAUGGAAUUUCCUAGUCAUACCCCAACAGAGUUCUCACAAAAGUUUACUUUGAAGUCAGUUUUCUUCCUUUCAGACUCCUAGGGAAGCCCAUAUCUCUUAUUUCCACAUGGUUGAUGUUGCUUUAUCCUACCACAGAGGUGUGGUACACACUUAACCCCCCCUACAUAAUCCAACUCCCAGAGGAGGCUUGCACUGAGGAGUUUGCACUGAUACUAGCGGGGGAGCAGAAUCAAGCCAUGACAAAGUCUGGGUAGAUGCUGUCUGACGCAUUCCGAUCAGCUGAUCAUUUUAUCGCUGCUGACUUUGGAGUAUAAAUGCAAGCAACACCCUACAUCCAGCCUCUGGCCAAGCUGUAAUCAGUCAAAAAUGACCUUCGUACUUCACCUGGGUGGGGAGUAUUGACAAUAUCAUACACUCUCAUGGUUACAGUACCUGGCAACAAGCAAGGAAAGAGGUGAGUGGUGCUGGACGCAUCUGGAAUGUGGAAUCCUAAUGCAGGAACCCCUGGUGGGAUGCCACCACCCAACAUGCAGCCUUACCCCACUCCUCCUGGAUCAUAUCCUGGCCCUUAUCCAGGGCCUGGCAUGCCAGCAUGCCCAGUCCCAGGCUAUCCUGGUUCUGGCUACCCUCCUCCACCUUGUGGACCCCCAGGCAUGCAUCCUGGGCCUGGUGGACCCCACCCCCAUCCUCAUGGACACCACCCACAUGGACACCACCCUCAUGGACCCCAAGGCAUGAUGCCUGGGGGACCAGGAUGUCAGCCCGUUCCUCCUGGUUAUUGUCCCUCGGGUGGUCAUCAUGGGCAUCAUAAAAAGCAUAAGAAAAAGCAAAAGAAGCAUUCCCAUGGACAUGGAGGCAAGAAAAGCAGUGGAUCAAGCAGCAGCAGCAGUUCUGAUUCUGAUUAAAGAAGACCUCUCCUCCCAGCCUGGAUUGAGAUGGGUGAUGCAACAAAAGAAGAAUCUAAUUUAAGAAUCUCUGUUAUUCUACCAAUCCAUUCUUCUAUUCCCCUUUCCACCCUCUUCAGAAUGAAUUUUGUGUAACCUGGUGUGUAGCAAUUUCCUGUUUCUGGCCUCUGACAUUUCUGGCUGGACACAUUUUAGGAUCCUGAACUGAAGUUUUCAACUGUGUCUUUAAAGAAAAUUCUCAGUCUUAGAGGGUUUCAUUCUCUAAUCCCUGCUGAGAUUCAGAGGGACCACAGAUAACAAUGUAAUGAUUAAAAGUUCUGGUUGUGAA